AUGUCCCCAUCCAAAUACGCGGCAGCGGCCCUCUUCGCCGCCAGCGCCCUCGCAACCCCAAACCCCCAAGCCUCCACCCCCCAGUGGUGCAAGCACGGAACCCUCCGAAUUCACAGCAAACCCCAAUGUCGGCGCCGACUGUACAGCGCAACCGGCGACGAAGCAGACAAAACCCUCCAGAUGCUCGAGUCCGCAUAUUCCUGCUUCGUCACCGACCUCGGAUGGCGCUCCUCCGGUCUCUCGUACAACUCUGACUCCGACACUGCGGAUACCUGGUACAAGGAGAACAUCUAUUCCGUCGACUCGCUCGGCAGCGCCGCAGGCAUAAUGAACUCAGACCCGACGACAGGGCUCAGCUCCGUGCAGGUCGUGAACACCUACCUUACCGAUCCAUCGGUUACGGUCCAUGAAUACGGACACGCCCUUACGUAUCACGCGCAGAACUGGGUCGACCAGACUGCUACGGGGGCUUGGUGGGAGCCGCUGGCGAAUUGGUUCGCGGAUACGUGGAUGACGUCUGAUCUUUGCGCGAGUGCGCGAGAGAAGUAUUCCCAACAGGCCAGGGGUAGUAUGAUCGAUCUCAAGAAGGUGGUUGGGGACAGCCACCAGGUUAUCGUGGAUGGAAGUGUGGAUUCUGGGAAUUAUUACCAGAGUUGGCCUAUCUUGACAUACUUGACGAAUAACCCGGAUAACUUUACCGGGUUGGGCCAGGAUGCGGUGCUCAGGUUGAAUCUGGAGUAUGAGGUUGGGAGUAACGAGACUCCGUUGCACACGUUGCAGAGGCUGCUCGGGAAUCGGGCGACGGUUCAGCAGGUUGUCGGGAGAUACUGGGCGCACAUGGCGUAUGUGGACAUUGGGAGUGAGGCUGCGAACCGGGCGUUCUUGGAACAGAGGCAGACUCUGGGCUAUGAGAAUCUGGACGGCAGUGGGCAGAGCUAUACUGUGAAGGCUUCCCGACAGCCGCAGUACUUUGGGGCGAAUAUUAACCCAAUUCAAGUCUCUGGCGAGGGGAGUGUGAGUGUUACUGUGCAGUCGAACUCGGCGUUUACGGCGACGCUGGCUGUGAGGAACAAGGAUAGUGGGGCGGUGAGAUACGUUGAUCUGGAGAAUGGCAGUGGUGAGGUGGCUGUUGGUGGGAGUGAGGAGGCCAGCCUUGUUGUUGUGAAUACGCCAGCGGAGUUGAUCCAGUAUGAUCCGUUUAAGCUGUCUAGUGAGGCCACGGCCACGUCUGGGUUGGACUAUGCUGUACAGAUUACUGGGGGGAGCUUUUAG